AUGUCGUGGCUGCUGCUGCUUUGUGUGGGCGUCCAGGGUGCCCUGGAGUUCUCCCUCAUCCUGGAUCAGGAUGCAGCGGGGUACAAGGCCAACAAGAGGGCCGUGGAGGCCCUUCAGCGGGGUGAUGCUGAGAAGGCCCUGGCAAGGUUGAACAAGGCGCUGAAGAAGGGCAGGCAGAGCGUGCAAAUCCAGAACUCCGUUGGCGUCGCCCUGAUGUACCUGGCAAAACGCCGAUCAGGCCGCAAGGACCAGCUCCAGGCGGCCGCCACGGGCGCCUUCCGCUCCGCCGCGGAGUUGGCGUCGGAGGCGGCGAAGGCGGAGGAUCUGGAGGUGGCGCUGGGCAACGAGGCCCUCGCGCGGAGGCACUUGGAGGCGGAGCGGCUGAACCGGCGGGGCAUCGCGCUGGACCAGCAGAACCGCUGGGAGGAGGCGGCCGCGCAGUUCCGCCGGGCCCUGCAGGUGGCGCCGGGUGACCCGUGGGCCGCGAACAACCUGGGCACGGUCAUGUACAAGAACGCCACUCACCGUUCCGCUGGCUGGGAGGAGGCUGGCCCGCUCUACGCGGAUGCCCAGAAGUUGGUUGAGCACGCGCUUCGGCAACUUCCAGGCAAUCCAGCGAUCACGAAGAGCCUGAAAGAGGUGAAGCGGCUGCAGAGUUUCCUGAAUGCCUGGCGCCAGAAUGCCGACCUGCUUCAGUUGCCAGUGCCCGCCGACAUGUUGAGACAGGUGGCGGUGGACAAUACCCUGGUUUGCACGUGGUCGGGCGGCGGCGACAAGUUUGCCAAGAUGGCCCUGAACCUCUUCAGCUCCAUCCGCCUGAACGCUCCUCGCUGGGCGCCCGCCUUCGUGGUCCUAGCGCUGGACGUAGAGACCGAGAGUUUCUUGCGGAGGAAGGGAAUCACCACCUGGCUCCAUGAAACUGUGGACAUUUACAUGACCCGCUGGCGGCUGCUGGCGGGCUUGGUGGCCGCAGGCUUCGAGGUGCUCCUCACCGACACGGAUGUGGUCUUCCUGUCGGAUCCCUUUCCGUACUUCUUCCAGGAUGCUGACCUGGAGGUCAUGACGGACCACCUCUUUCCGGAGAGAGAUCUGUGGGAUGCCAGGUGGCGGGACGAGGAGCACAUCAACACCGGGUUCAUGUAUGCGCGCAGCUCUCCUGGAGCGCUGGCUUUGGUCCAGCGCUUCAUCCAGGCCCACCACUCGCCCUGGGCGGCAGAGGAGGGGCCUCCGGGCCUGGGGGGCGGCUUCGACCUCUUCGACCAGCGGAUCUUCGGGCGCUUCGUGCGGAGGCAGAUAGAAGCUGGCCGCUGCUUCUCGCUGAUGGAGAACUUGACCUAUGGCAGCUCGCUGGACGGCGCCAAGUUCACGGUGCGGGUGCUGCACCCCGAAGUCGUCGCCCACGGGGCCGCCUUCUUCUGGCUGCGCUGGUCCCGUCUGCGGGGCCUGGAGCGCCCGCCCAUCGCCCACGCCAACUUUGGCAGGCACAAGGUCUACUUCCUCCGUGACCGGAACGUUUGGUUCGAGCCCUUCUCGGCGCGCCUCUUGGAGCCGCCCUCCACAGACGAGUACUUCCCGGCGGCGGUGCUGCCCGAAGAGUUCCGAAGCAACGCCACCGGCGGCUUCGUGCGGUACCGGCACCGGGCGGAGGACUGCGCUGGCUGGGGGGUUGAGGGGGUGGGGUGCCAAUUCCUGGUGCUGGCCAGCGGUUUGGAGCUGGCGGCGGCGCUGCAAAGGCGCCUGGUGCUGCCGGAGGACUGGGACUGCCGCCUGCUGCCCAUGUGGGAGGCCUACCGGAUGCCUGCUACCUUCCGGUCGGAGAAGGAGGCGUGCACCUUCGACUUCUUCGCGGAUGCGGAGGGCUUCGUGAAGCGCUUUGGGCACGUGGUGCUGGAGGCUGGCCUGGCACGGUCCGAGGAGUUUCGGGAGCUCCCGGCGAAAACGUUGGAGCCGACGGAUUUGGAGAGCGGCUCUCUGGCGGAGCUGCGGAGAGGCCUGGAGCAGUUCCCGGUGCUUCAGCUGGAGCACCCCCUGCGACUCAGCCAGGCGCUGCGGGCGCGGCUCCCCGCGGCGCGGCGGCUGCGGUCGGCGCUGUUCCCCUGCCGCUGGCUGGACUUCGAGGGUUGGUUCUUCGCGCGGCGGCCCGACCAGCGCGCCCCAGCAGCCCCGGGCGAUGGAAGCGGCGCGAGCUGCGGGGUGCAGGGCCCGGGGCUCGAAGCCUGGAUUGCUGUGCAGUCUACCAUGGCUGGGCAGAGAAGUUGGAGUACUUCACAGAUGUGCCUUGGAGCCUCCCAUGCGACUGUGGAGUUGGGGCUGCGAUGGGUUGCUUUGCUCAAGGAGCUGAAUGCACUCAGGAGGGCUCGGCAGCUGAAGGCUCUUCCAGGCCGGGAUGAAGCAGCUGAGCUCGACUUGGCGCACUUGCAGGACGUUGCCCAAGAAGGUUUGUCUGCCCUUGCGGCGGCGGGGCAAGCAUUGAGAGAUGCGGCCAACUCGGAGAAGGACGUUGUGGGAGUGGAUCCCACCGCUUCGUCUGCUGGGUACGACAGCAAGAUGGUCGACUCCAUGUUGCAGACCGUGCUGGACUGCUUUAGUCAGUGGUUGCGGCAAGGGCACUGCGAUGACUUUGCUCGGGGCACGCCUGCCGCCAACGCUCUGGCAACUCGAGCACGCAGGCUGGAGAGCAGUCCUGGCUGCGCUGGGGUCUUGGGCGCUGCGAAAGCAUUGCUGCGGGAGCACUUUGCCACGGAAGCUUUGGCCCUGCAGUCAGAUGCUGAAUGGCUGCGUGGAACAUUUCAUCUCGACUGCUUGCUAAAGGACUUCGCCGAGGCGCCUUGGGACCUUGGCACAAAGCUGCUUUCAGUCAUUCUUAGCCUAGCGCCCAGGAAGCCCACUCACGAAGACCGCGCGAUGUCGCUGUCGCUGAAGCCUUCGGAGUAUGGUGGGCUCAAAGGCACGGCAGUCGCUGGCCGGGUCGUCAUUAUGGUGGAGCAGGAAGUGAAGAGCAAAGCUGCUUCCGCCGCGGCGGCCACGCCUUCGGAAAGGCAAGAAGUCCUUGAAAGCAAGCUCGCAGCCGCCAUCUUCCACGAAGUGGGAGACUUGAUCGCCCUCACGGGCGCGACCGUGAUCUCCACUGCGCAGAUGUACUCCACUUCUAGGCUACCUUACCACCUUCGCGUCAAAGGCAUUGUGGGUACGCAAGUGUUGGUCCAAAAGUUGGAGAGCUUGCCCUGGAGCGGCGUCCCUGCUCAUCAUCCUUUGGUGCCACUGCAGUCGCUGGCUCGCGUGAAAGACCGACAGCAGAUCUGUGUGGCCGCGCAAGUGGACGACAACCCGGGCGCGAUCGAGAGGGACACCGUCCAAGGCCGCGUUCUGGUCUGCAAUGCCAUCGUGCAGCAGAAUGGCGUUCGAGCGCGGUGCGCUUUCUGGAGGGAGCACGCUGAAAAGCUCGCGACCUGCCAGGCUGGAACCUGCAUCCUGCUCUACCAAGUGUUGGUGGAGAAGAAAAAGGAAGGAUCAUGGGAGAUUGGCAGCUGGCGAGGCACUCAAAUUCUGGAGUGCCCUGAAGAGCUUGCCAAGAACAUUGGAGAGCGCAUCAUGGAGCCUGGCGACUGCCGCAUGCUCACUCUCAUUCCGACCAGGAAUUGGAAGGAAUGCGAGGCAGUGCAGAGCACAUUGAGCGCGCUCGUGGGCACGAUUGUCCCCGGGCAGUUGCGGAAGGUGGACACUGUGUUCCUCGUCUCCGGACUGCAGAUCAUGGCACAUCCAGAUGCUGCUGAAGAGAAGCGCGUGGCCCUGCGCGCUGUGUUCGCGGAUAGCGACUGCCAGUGCAGCAUGGUGCUCUACCACGACCACGUCGAGUUGGCCUUGCAGGAGCAGGGUUACUCGCUGCCGAAUCCUUGCAAAGACACUGCAGAGCUGCGGUCCGAAGUGCGAAACGCAUUCCGGAGCGCACUGUGGACUUGCAAAGUCACCUUUCGGGAGAACGACUACCAGCAGAUACUGGAGUUGGAGUGUCGCCAUCUGACGCCUUUCCUGCCCUUCAACCAGGACUGCCCGGACCUGACGCCCCACAUGCUGGAACUUCCACGCUGCUCUCUGGGCGGCGGCUGCCCGGUUGCUGCUUUGCGCGACUUACGCGUGGACACAGACUUGGGCUCUUUGACGAUUCAAGAGAUCGACGCUCCGUCUGUGCGAGCGCUCGUCAUGUUCAACGAAGUCCAGCUGCCAGAUGAUGAGUCUCUGCAGCAAGACCCGCAAUCUGCAUCGGCCAUGCGAGUCAAGCGCUCGGUGGACUGCUGCUUGUCAGUGCCCGACGCUGAAACCCUCUUGCCUUUCCGGAGCAAAAUCCGAGCAGCAGGCCCUGCGUCUGCAGUGAAUUGGAUCCUCCGAGCACGGCCAGGUGAAGUCCACCAAGUGGUCAUCAUGCAAGCCGACGCGGAGAAUGAGUGGUCUGUCCUCUGGCACGUGGAGGUUCACGAGAAGGCGGCGCUGGCUGUCAACGCGUACUACUCUCACAUCAUCUCCAAGCAGACGGCGGCUGCUGCUCUGAGCUAUGCCAGUGAGUGGACUCCCGGUAAGCGAGCGCGCACGCUACGAGACAGCAUGCCAACCCCUUUUAAGACGAGCUCUGCUUGGCAAGACCAGUGCUAG